AUGAUUCUGACUGAAAAACAAUAUGUUUGUGAGCGCAAGGCUGCUGCUGGUCUCUUUAAUUGGGAGGAAGAUAUAUAUGUGCCAAGAGCACCUGGAACAUUAGAUGUUAUUGGAGGAAUUGCUGACUACUCUGGAAGUCUUGUUUUGCAGAUGCCUAUUAGAGAAGCUUGUCAUAUUGUUGUUCAAAAAAUCCAGCCAAGUAAACAGAGGUUAUGGAAGCAAAUGUGCUCCAGAUUUCAAUACCGUUCACAGAGAGAUGUACAAACUAUCAUAUUUGCAAUGCAAGUAGGAUGCUAAACCCCCAGCUGAACACCCAGAAAGCAAAGUAUUAUACCAUUUGGAAGAAGAUCUUUAGGGAGCAAAGAAGGGCACGCAAUGAUGAGAAGCAAUCCAUUGUUGAUGUUUUUUUAUAAAUCAUGUAGAAUGUAGUGUUACGUACACAAAUGAUAAGGCAUGUGAAGAUUAUGCAAAUUUCCUCAAGUUAAUAAUUUUGUUCUUC